GGAUCGAUACACUUCGAUUUCGUAACGAAAAUUUUCGUUGCCGUCUCUGUUUUCUGCUGUCACAGUCCGUAGGUCACUGAGGUUAAUUUUUCGUAAUCAUUUUAUCAUUGAAAAUUUCCUACUUGAAUCACAGUUCAAUUAUUCACCAUGUUCUCAACAAGUGCUCGUGCAUGUCAAAAUCUUCUUUCUGGAAUUAAGGUCUCUCAGCGACUCCAAAGUACCCUGGUGAUAGCCGAACAUAAUAAUGAAAAUCUUCUUCCAAUCACAAGGCACGCCAUCACAGCCGCAAACAAGCUGGGCGGAGAAGUCUCAGUUCUGGUUGCAGGAACAAAAUGUGGCCCCGUAGCCGAGCAAGCAGCGAAAGUGCAGGGUGCUUCCCGGGUGCUGGUGGCCGAGGGUGACUCAUUCAAAGGCCUGCUGCCCGAGAGCUUGACACCGCUGGUGCUGGCCACGCAUGCUCAGUUCAAGUUCACGCACAUCGUGGCGGGGGCGUCGGCCUUUGGCAAGGGUCUGUUGCCACGUGUGGCCGCCAAGCUGGAUGUGUCCCCCAUCUCCGACGUGGUCGCUAUCAAGGACAAGGAUACCUUUGUGCGCACCAUAUAUGCAGGUAACGCGAUCCUGACCCUGAAAGCGAAGGACGGAGUGAAGGUGAUCAGUGUGCGAGGGACCAGCUUCGAGCCAGCAGCGGACGGAGGCAGCGGCAAGAGUGAGCCAGCGCCGGCCGGCGACUACGCAUCCAAAGUGUCCGAGUUUGUCGGCCAGGAGUUGAGCAAGAGCGACCGGCCCGAGUUGACCAGUGCCAAAGUCGUCAUCAGUGGAGGCAGAGGAAUGAAGUCUGGCGACAACUUCAGCCUGCUGUACAAGCUGGCAGACAAGAUGGGCGCGGCUGUGGGCGCAUCGCGUGCGGCAGUUGACGCAGGAUUUGUGCCCAACGACCUCCAGAUUGGACAGACUGGAAAAAUUGUGGCGCCUGAACUGUACAUCGCAGUCGGCAUUUCUGGCGCAAUCCAGCAUUUGGCCGGUAUGAAGGACUCGAAGACAAUUGUGGCCAUCAACAAGGACCCCGAGGCACCAAUCUUCCAGGUUGCUGACUAUGGUCUGGUCGCUGAUCUGUUCAAGGCCGUUCCCGAGUUGACUGACAAGCUGUAAAACUUGCAACAACUUCUGUGAUUAUUUAGGCUGCUGAGGAAACUUGCAUGAACAAGUAAUAUCGGAAAUAGGUGAUGAACAAUUCAUAUUUCGACGCACAGCUAAGUGAGACUCGGAGUUGUAUUCAUGUAGAAACUUAUUUUAAAUUAUUUAAAAGGUACAUUUUGAUCAGCGUCAUAUUUAUGCAAAACCUUUUUUUAAAUUAUUGUCAAAACAUUUUGAUCAAAACUACUAGAGUAAAAUUUCUGUAGAAAGUGAUUUUUAGUUGACACCCUGAUAUUUUUGUCAAAGUUCUGUAAAAUGCAGUUUUUCAAUACAAAAAUAUUUCCAUAAAAGCUCAGUCAAAUUUUUACAUUGUCUGACCAACAUUGUCGAGGUUAGAGCACUUAUUGGCAGUCAAAACUUUCUGUUACUGAUAGCUCAAGUUUACUAACAGCUUAACGCUAAUUUAAUUCAUGGCUGUUGAAUUGUGUUAAUGAAAUAUGUAAUGAAUAAAUUUCACAAAUUGAUUCUGUUCAAGCUAGAAAAUCAACUGGACCAUAAUAAUUUAUAUAUAAGCCAUAAUGUGUUGGAGAUAAAUACGAAAUCAACUACUAAAUAGUCAAUAGUAAAUGUGUAAUGUAAACUGUAAGUGAUUAUAAGAUAUCUUGAAGGUGUAGGCCUACCAUUUGUUACAGGUAUAUGUGAAGUUUUGUUGUGUUUUAAAUAAAAUAUUUUUCUAUGUUUUGAAA